GCGGCCACCACCUUUUCAAGCAUUUUCAUAGAGACCCCCUACCUCAAAGUGUCGCCUCUCAGUCCGUAUAGGCAGUUACUGGCGAUGUUUCAACCCUAUGACAUUCUGAUUUAGUGCUGUGUGACAUAAAAGCGCGCGUCAGAGCACGCGAUUUCAGGACGUGACGACAUGCGCAGGCUGUUAUGGUGAUGUAUGCGCGGCUAACUUAAAAAAAAACCGGAAGUAUAAACGCAGUGCAGCUGUCUCCUACAUGGUUAACUUUGUGUUUGUUCCCCACCUUGACCAUUUAUCUGUUCGAAAAAUAUAACAUUUUGGCAGGAAAAGUCACGUGACACGCACCUGGUGAGAAACAUGUGUUGGCGGUAGAAUUCAAAUUUCCAAUUUUGUCAAAUUCGCACGCAAACACGUCUUUAAAUGGAAAUAGCGGUGUUCGAAAUUCGUCCUUGACCUUGAUCACGUGACAUCCUGUAUUAUGCCAUGCAUAUGUUUCAAUGUUGGAGCCUAAUCCAAAUUUGAGGAAUUAAUAUGGAAUCUACGGAAGCCCAAAAGUGCCACCUUCGCGAAUACGUUUUAUUACGUUACAGCUGCUGAAAGGAUAUAAAACAUUUCAAUUACAUAAGUAACAAGAAGAAAGUUGUUUGUGUAUGGAGAAUUACUACUGACUAAAUAGCGGACAGUGCAGUUCAUUAUAAUACAGACGACACCGAUGUGCCGGCUGAUCGUGGUCUGCACUGGUCACAUGGGUAGAUUGUAUUGUCAUCUGCGGGAUGAAAGGUUAAUUUAUCAUGUCAAAAUAUGAAGACUCGCGUUCCAGUUUAUAUACCUGUACGUCGUUACAAUAUUUAUGCGCUGAUAUGAUAAACCUAUGUAACAAGGUCAUAAAAACGUCAACUAUUGAAUAUGUACUAUAUGGUUAAGACUAGAGAUAAAAAGAACGCAAAAUAAACAUGUAUAUGUGCAGUGAUUACUGAUAUAACUAAGGGUUAUGUAAAAAAAAAUAGCAAGGACAUAUUUUAUGAAUUGAAUCAUUUGAAAUGUGAUAGAUAUAAGACUGAUUGUACUUAAACAAGUUUUAAGUCGCUAUAUUUGAUCUUAAUAUAAUAUACGGACAUACAGAUUAUUGAUCUAAACUAAACGUAAACAAAACGUGUUUAAUCCUAAAUUGUAACGUGACUUUGGUAUUCAAAAUGUCGUCUGGUCUGAAAGUUUUUGUUUUAGGAUAUACUGGUGAGACAGGGAAGGCAGUCAUUAAACAGUUGUCACGUGACAACAGUUUUUCAAACAUUAUUCUCAUCGGAAGGAGACAAGUGGACCUUGGAGAUUUUCAAAUUGCAGACGAUAGUCGGUUUAGUCAAAAAGUAAUAGAUUUUGAAAAGGUGGAAACACAUACCGAAGAUUUCAAAAAUUGUGAUGUUGGUUUUUGUUGCCUAGGAACGACACGUGGAAAAGCUGGACCGGAACAUUUUGUAAGAGUUGACAAGGACUAUGUUUUAAACAGUGCAAAAGUUGCUAAAGAAGCCGGAUGUACGCAUUUUCAAGUUGUGACUGCCUCAACGUCUGAUAAAAAUAGUUCUCUCUUGUACAAUAAAGUCAAGGGCGAGGUUGAAGAGGGGCUAAAGGAUUUACAUUUCAAAAGGCUUUCAAUAUUUCAGCCAGGAUUGUUGCUAGGUAACAGGGUAGAAAGACGUCCUAUGGAGACAUGUUUUAAAGUCGUCCUUUUUCCAUUAACCAAACUGUUUCCAACAUAUUCUUCCGUUCAUUUUGACAUUCUUGCUAAAGCGAUGAUUAACAACACGAAGAAACAGGCAACAGGCGAAGUGGAGGUGAUUACAAAUAGCAAAAUACAUGAACUAUCAAAGGGAGAAAACUAGGUUAAAACUACAGAUAGAAAGUUUUAUACAGUUAUCACGCCUGGAUAAAAAGGAGAGACAAUUGUUUUCUUUACCUUCUCAAAUGAAAUAGACAACCUUGUUGUAUGGUUGAUUUUUUACCCGUGUCAUCGUAAUUUUAUCAUCAGAAAAUGAUAAUGUAAAAUUUGUUUCUUUGUAUAAUCUAGGUCCUCAUGAAUAUAAGACAUUUGUUUUAUUUUACCGGAUAUCUAUAUUACAGUAAUAUCAAUUCACAUUUUAUUAUUCCGGUUGCUGAAAGGUAUGAAAUAUUUCUAAAAAAAAAGUUAAAGUGAUAAAAUUAUGUUGUGUGCAUAACCAUAUGGUCGAUUAUUGAAUGAGUUGUAACAUAGUAUGUCUCUGUUAUUUAUUACACAUGAAUUUUGAAAAUACAUAAAUAGAAUAGAAAUUUCUGGA